AUGACAUCUGUCGGUGCCAAAUUGAAGUUUGUGGUCACCGCAGGUGUUGGAUUCUUUGCAGAUGGUUAUUUGAACCUGACAAUUGGGCUUGUGGUACCGAUUUUCGGAUAUCUAUACUUCCAAGAUGGCAAAGUACCUACAGUCGACAGCGACAUCAUCAAAGGUGGCUUGAGUCUGGGAAUGGUGGUGGGCCAAUUGCUUUUUGGAGUUUUGAGUGAUGUUUGGGGCCGACACACUAUUUAUGGCAAGGAAUUGGCCCUCACCAUAUUCGGAACCUUAAUGGUCGUCUUAUUGCCCUGGAAUCACAUGUCGGCUCAGUCUGUGACAGCGUGGGUUGCAGUGUUCCGUGUGGUGACGGGUGUUGGAAUUGGCGCCGACUAUCCACUCUCAUCAUCUUUGUCGGCAGAAAAGUCACCAUUUGGUUCCCGUGCUAUGCAGGUGUUGACAGUUUUCUCAAAUAUCGGACUUGGUAAUAUCGCAGCGAGUAUUGUCUUUCUGAUUUUGCUCAAAGCAUUUGAAGGAUCCAUAUCCGAUAACUUGGACCAUCUAGAAUGGGUCUGGCGUUUGCUCUUGGGUAUUGGUAUCAUACCUGCGGCAUUCACUCUUUAUGCCCGGUUGACCAUAACGGAAACUGUUCCGUACAAACAAUAUGUGUGGGACGACGCCACUGGCCAAAAGCGCGGCUUUCAGGAUCAGUGGAACGACUUUCGCGAGUAUUUCGGUCAAUGGAAACAUGCCAAAGUUCUCUUCGCAACAGCCGCCGCCUGGUUUCUUUUCGAUAUUGCAUACUAUGGUAUCAACCUCAACCAAAGUAUCAUCUUAGCAAGGAUCGGCUAUGCUAAAGGAGCAACACCAUGGAAGACUCUUUACAACACCGCCAUUGGUAACAUUAUCGUCCAGGCUGCAGGAUAUCUACCUGGAUUCUACGUCGGAAUCUUCCUCCCCGAUCGUAUCGGACGUGUACGCCAACAAUUUUGGACUUGCAUCAUGGUGUGCAUUCUCUAUGCUAUAUGGGCUGGGAUCAGUGUACAAAGCGUGCAUACCCCAACAGCGGGCUUGAUGGUUAUCUUUGCCCUCUCCCAGUUUCUGUUGACUGUUGGACCUAAUUGCACUACCUUCUUGAUACCCGCGGAAGUUUUUCCUACUCGUGUCCGAGGCACGGCACAUGGAAUUUCGGCCGCCGCUGGAAAAAGCGGGGCGAUUUUGACCGCAUUUGCUUUCGGUACUGUGGAAGAUGCGAUCAGUUUGGAGGGUGUCCUAGGCCUUUUCUCAGGUGUCAUGCUGAUGACCGCUCUUGUGACAUUGAUGAUACCCGAAACCAGGGGCUACACUCUUGAAUCCAUCGAAAGAGACGCGUUAUAUGGCGAGAGAGACCCUGCGCCAGAGUCGUCGUAUUCUGGAAGUGUGACCGUUGUCGACAUAGAGGUGGACCAGAAUGUUCCCAAGAAAGUUGCCUACUGA